AUUUCCGGUUACGUCAGGGCGUCAGGACACCAUUAGAGCUGCAGCUGAUUUGAGAGAAACAACAACAAAAACGGGCUAACUGACAGCGCUCUCAUAAGUGACAGUCCGCUCUGAGCCAGACAACGAGGCCUCAAAUCUGGAAGCGUAACCUUAAUUUCCCACCCGGAGCUCCGCCGGCUUCUAACCACGGCCGCUCUCGGUGAGGAAACUCUGGCCUCCGCUUCCUCCUCCUCCGACUCGGACACCGGCGGAGCGUCGCCGCCCCCGCGGAAGAAGCACCGAGCCUCGGCGGCGGAGGGAGCAGGAGAGCCCGGGGCUUCAGCAGUUUUAACAGGCCUGUCGGGAAUUGUUUUGGGACUUGCUGCUCACUCUCCGCACUCUCAAGCCACCUCUGCCAUCCACUUUAACCGAAGUGUCGUCAACAACCUCAGCAGCAGCAUGCAGGCAAACGGAGCAGGACAGGGACAAGAAUCUACAGAGCUCUCCUGCCUCAACAGCGCACAAAACGGGGAGUCAUCCUCGGCCGGAGGAAGCCACUCCAACGGACUGCUCUCCAGCACAGACAACGGGAACAGCGUCGGCACCAGCAACGGCUCUUCAACCGGCCCCGUGUCGGGGACUUCGGCUUCCUCUGCGGCCUCGGGCUCGGAGGUCGGCGGCUCUCUGAAGAAGAAAAAACGACUAUCGCAGGCGGAGGAAGAUGUCAUACGAUUAAUAGGGCAACAUCUCCACGGGCUGGGGCUGAAUCAGACGGUGGACCUGCUGAUGCAGGAGUCGGGCUGCCGACUGGAACACUCCUCAGCUACCAGAUUCCGCAACCAUGUCAUGGAGGGAGAGUGGGACAAGGCUGAGAAUGAUCUCAAUGAGCUGAGAGCACUGAUGCAUUCUCCCAAUGCUAUUGUGCGUAUGAAGUUCCUGUUGCUGCAGCAGAAGUACCUCGAAUAUCUGGAGGAUGGCAAAGUCCUGGAGGCUCUGCAGGUGCUGCGGGGCGAGCUGACGCCUCUCAAGUUCAACACGGAUCGCAUCCACGUACUCAGCGGGUACCUCAUGUGUAGCCAUUCUGAGGACCUGAAGGCCAAGGCAGAGUGGGAGGGCAAGGGCACGGCGUCACGCUGCAGACUGCUGGACAAAUUACAGACGUACCUGCCACCGUCCGUGAUGCUGCCCCCGCGGCGGAUGCAGACCCUCCUGCGGCAAGCCGUGGAGCUGCAGAGGGACCGCUGCCUCUAUCACAACACCAAGCUGGACAGUAAUCUGGACUCGGUCUCUCUCCUCCUCGAUCACGUCUGCAGCAGGAAGCAGUUCCCGUGUUACACUCAACAGAUUCUGACGGAGCACUGCAACGAGGUGUGGUUCUGCAAGUUCUCAAAUGACGGCACCAAACUAGCCACCGGCUCCAAAGACACUACAGUCAUUAUUUGGCAAGUGGACCCGGAGAGCCACCAGUUGAAGCUGCUGCGGACCCUUGAGGGUCAUGCAUACGGCGUUUCCUAUUUAGCCUGGAGUCCCGACGACACCUACCUGAUCGCCUGUGGCCCCGACGACUGCUCUGAGCUGUGGCUCUGGAACGUCCAGACGGGGGAGCUGCGGACCAAAAUGUCCCAGUCCCAUGAAGACAGUCUGACCAGCGUGGCGUGGAACCCUGAUGGCAAACGCUUCGUCACCGGAGGACAGCGGGGACAGUUUUAUCAGUGUGACCUGGACGGUAACUUGUUGGACUCCUGGGAGGGCGUGAGAGUGCAGUGCCUGUGGUGCCUGGGUGAUGGCAGAGCAGUGCUGGCCUCAGACACCCACCAACGUAUCCGGGGGUACAACUUCGAGGACCUUACGGACAGAAACAUAGUUCAGGAGGACCACCCCAUUAUGUCUUUUACUGUUUCAAAGAACGGAAGAUUAGCUUUGUUAAAUGUAGCAACUCAGGGAGUGCACCUGUGGGACCUUCAGGACCGGGUGCUGGUGAGGAAAUACCAAGGUGUGACCCAGGGCUUCUACACCAUCCACUCCUGCUUUGGAGGACACAACGAAGACUUCAUUGCCAGUGGCAGCGAAGACCACAAAGUGUACAUCUGGCACCGGCGGGGCGAACUUCCCAUCGCUGAGCUAACGGGCCACACGCGCACCGUUAACUGUGUGAGCUGGAACCCGGCCAUCCCGGGACUCAUGGCUUCCGCCUCAGACGACGGCACAGUGCGUGUCUGGGGUCCUGCUCCCUUUCUCGACUCACAAGACGCGGACGGACUCAACGAAAACUGCAGUAACAUGGACAGUUGAUGGUCACUUAUGGAGCAGAUGACGUCUCUCUUUAACAACAAUCCAAGAAUCCAAGAAGAAAACAAAAUCUAAACGGGCAAAACAAAAAAUCCAACGCCAACCGAAAAGCAAGACACGAAUAACAAAUGAAAAAAAAAAAUCAUCAAGACGAAACAAGAAAAACAAAAGUGAGAGAAAUUUGUCUCCUUACUGGCCUCGAGAAAAAAACGGCGGAGGGGAUGGCGGACCGUCUGAAAAUGUCAGGUCCUCAACUAAAACCUGAUCCCCCUGACCAAGAGGGAAACCAGUCAAUACCCAGCGGGAUACAACCGCCAUCCACCGGUGAGCUGGAACGGCUGUUCUCCUCCUCCAACUCCUCCUCCCCCCCCCCCCAUCUCGCUGCAUGGUCACCAGCCAUGCCAGGUCCUCGCAGAGUUUCCCAGGAAACCCACGUCCACCUUGACCUCUGAGGUCCCGCCUCCAGACGGACGUCGCAGACCAGCCGUCCACCAUCGGCCCACAUCCGUCUGCCCGUUUGUCUCUCGCGUCACCUGUGUAACGUCUCCGUGGACAUGGGCGGGGGUGUUGUUGGGGGAGGACGGUGCAUAGGGGGGGAUAUGGCGACUCAUCUGUAUGUGUGUUCUCCUCUUCCCCCACUCUCUUGCUAUAUUCUUCGCAUUCGACCUGUUGGGACAAUGGCUGAAAAUCCACCGUGAAAACACCGACCGACCAGCUGACAACGAACACACACACAAAGAAAAAAAAAAGGCUAUGCUAAAUGUUGGAUUUUUUUUUAUAGUAGUCAUAGCGUAAUUCUCAUUUAAGAGGUGAAUCUUAGCUCAAGUAGUGCCCGUGGAAAGCUUUAGCGUGAAGAUUCCACUUUGUGUUUCUCGACAUUAGGAAAAACAAACUUUUUAAUUCCUUAAUUUAACUUCUCACAAGGACGGUCGCUGUAAUGUCUCCAGCCCCCCCCCUCCGCCUCCCCCUCCCCCGACCCCUCCGUCGAGCUAGCUACCGCACAACUCCAUUACAUCUGCCUGAGAGGAGAUGGACGGAGGGAUUCCCAGUUCACAUAUCAACGGUGGGGGGGUUUCCACCGUCGGGACGCGCAUACGGUGACCUUACUCAAAAGACACGCUUUCGGAUGUGAAAGAGUUCAAGUGCAACUAGGAUUGCACACCGGUGACUGCUGUCCCUCCUCUCUGUGUGUCUGUGUGUGUGUGUGUGUGUGUGUGAGAGAGUGAGUGAGAGCGCAAUUAUGCAUGCACACAUUAGUGUGAGUUAACAUUUGUGGGUGCAGGUUUAAUUGCCGCGUGUUUUUUUGUAUGUGUUCAAUUCACACCAGCAGAAGGUUCACCCCCCUCACCCCUCCCCCGCCCCUCCUCCUCCUCCCUUGUGCGCCUAAUCCCAUAGUAAAAUUGUAAAGAGGAUUUUAAACCAAUUCUAAGUUAUCCAAAACCCCAUCGGGACCUCUAUCUGUGGAACAAACGAUACUUGAGAGAGAGACAUUUUGUAAAGGCAAAUCUUUUCUUUAAUCCGGGGCUUUAAUUUUUACAUUAGGAUUUUUUUCCUCCUUGCCACGCGGCAUUCGAACGGCACUGAGUUAUCGCCCCUGUGGGUAAAAAAAGAAAAAGAAUGUUUGGAAAUAGAAAAAAAGAAGAAAAAAAGAGCAGUUUUGAGUGAGGCAUGUUUCCAAAAAAAAGUUGUAAAACUGUUGCGUUAUUAGCAAAAGGUCAUUUCAUAUGAGAAGUUAAUGAUUGUAAUUACUGAACGAGAGGCACCAAUAACCAGAACCACGCUGAACCCACAACGUUCGGGAGUGUUGUUACGAUCCUAAAACACACACACACACACACAAACUGCCUUCCUGUUCAUACAGUUGCACACAAACCUUCAGUAUGUAUGACACCACCCUCACACACACCCUCACACACACCCCAACCCACACCCUCCACUGCACUUCGAGUGGUCUUUUCGCUCGCUCGCUUCUACCGCAACGGCAUGAAUCCAUGAGCUUCUUCUGGUCGCCUCGUUUGCUCUUUGAUGGCUUGAGAGGUCGCGUUGGCAAAGACUCAAACCCCUAACCCGGAGAUUGCUAAAGGAAUUGAACCCUCGCCAUGCCUCUACGCACCCACAAGCAGUAACUGAUCAUCUCGUAGGCGUUGUAGAACUGAACCGUGCCACAUAAAAAGCAAAGCGGCCUGGUCUCAAGGAUACCACUCUUGGGAAGUAGAGAUAAUUAAGUAUUAACACCCCCCCCCCUCCCCCCAACCACACACAGCGUUGCUCUCCAGCCAAGUUAUUCAGUGGUCAGUGCGCCAUUCAAAGCUUUCUUCCUCCCUUUUUCAGGGUAUGUAAUGACUAUUUGCUACAGACUGAUAUACAGUAAAAACAUGUUUAAAAUCAGUGCUUUUCUGUCUGUUUUUAUUGAACUUUUUUGUUACUUCAAUUUUUUUGUUCACAUUAUAUCAUUUUUUGGUUGACCUCUAUCCCUGUAUGAUCAUAUUAAAAUAUAACCAGACA